AAAAGGGAUUCAUUUGUAUUUCUCCAGACGGUAGCCAUGGGCAGCAAGAUCGUUGCUUGCCCCACCAAGUCUAGGAUAACAGAUAUUUGAAAGGGAUACGUGUGGAUUAAUACAGUAUUAUCUAAGGUCUAACAAGCUGCGCCGUGGUGGUUUGUUUCUCCGAGUCUUAUUCUCGAGAUUCUCUGCUUCGAAUCGAGUAAGUAAUUUUACAUGGAUGCAGAAGGCAAUAUCAUCACCCCAGACAACAAAAGUGUUUCAGAUUCCAAUUCUUUUCAUUCUAGGGUUUUGAAAUGCUGGUAACGGAUUCUCAUGAUUUUCUCUUCUAGUGGAGGAGGAGGAGGAGGAGGAAUAUGAAUUACUGGGAAACGACUCCAAAAGCUUCAGCAAGCAUUUGAAGUUUAUGAGGCGUUACCGUCCAGACCUUUUGUAUCAGGAGAUUUUUAGGUCUGACAACCGUUACAAGUAUACCAGGGAGUUGAGGAAGCAGAAUCAGGCUAAACUUUCACGUACCUUACACAAACGUACUUAUGAGAGGUUGGGGGUCACUAAGCCUCUAUACAACGUUGAGAUGUACAACAAACUCUUCGGAGAAGGAAAUGAUACCACUUCGGAUUCUUCCAAGAAAGUUGAAUUGCUAGAAGGAAAACUCCCUCGUGUACGGUUAUCUAAUGUGUCAAUAUAUCCCGCAGCGGUGACAAGAACUCGUAGAGAGAUGAUUGGCACCCUUGAAGCAUAUUUGAAUGGUUUCCGUUAUUCACCUUUCCAGAUAGAUAUCAUGUACAGUAAUGUAAAACAUGCUUUCUUUCAAUAUGGAGAGGAAGAGAAAGAUGGAGACGAGACCAUCCCGCCUCUCUUACACUUGCACUUGCGCAACCCAAUCAAGGUGGGGACCGAGAUGGAAAAGGAUAUCCAGUUCCGUAUGGUACAUACCUUUAAGGGAAGGAAGAGAUCUGCUCAUGAUUCAUGUAAGUUUGGUGAUCUUAAUCGAGUUAUGCGCAACUUUCUCGCUGAAGUUGAUCGUAUUUGGAGACCGUUGCCUUUCCUUUUCUGUAGAGAGGUACAGAGGGAGUAUGGAUUCAAGGGGGAACUUCCCCUGAAGGAACCACGUGUAUUUUGCCUGACUGAACCUUGCAUAGUUGAUCUCGUAAAAGCACCUUUCUUUGUUGUCACACUAGAAGAGGUCGAAAUUGCUAGUUUGGUGCUAGUUAAACCUGAGAUGACAGUGUUUAACCUGACAUUCGUGUUAAAGGACUUCACGCACGAUGUGCUUCAGAUAUACUCAAUUCCUGAAAUGAAACUCGAUGGUAUCAAACAGUCGCUUGAUAUCAGAAGUGUCAAGUACUACGAGAACGAUAGUCUAGAUUUAGAUAUUGGACAGUGGAGGUCCAGGUUGGAGAAUAUAAGACUUCAUCCAGAGACGUUCAUGGAGGAGGGCGGAUGGGAUAAGUUCAACUCAGGAGAGAGUGAUGCUGAUUACUCUGACAGCUCGGCGGCGAGUAUUGAGAAUUACUCUGACUUCUCAGGGAUGGAUUACAACUCUGACAAGCAAUCAUCUGAUAGUGAUCAGGAGAUAGGCUCACCCGCAGAUAAAAAAAAGAAUACUUGCUACCCCGAUGGCAAACCUGGUCAAGUGUCUAGUUCUGGCCGUAAAAAAAGAGAAAAGAAUGAAGUGCCUUCAACUCGGAUAUUGAGAACUAGGAGGACAGUGGGUGAACAGUCGUUGGUAUUAUCAGAAGAAUCAGAUGAUGAAUGUCUCAGGCCCAGAUAUAGAAGAAAAGGAAAAAAAUGUGCAACUCCAACAAAGCUUAUUUCUAAAGUAAGAGGACCGGUGGUGGUGUCGGAUAGUGAAGAGUAGAGUUUGAUAUUGAAGUUGGUACAGCAAGGAUGUUGAUGCUGAAUCUGUAGCUGCAGAGUCCAAAGCCCUUCAGGCAGCGCUUUUUGGUUGUCUCAGUUGCAGCCAUGUGAUGUUCUUUUAGUUUCUGACUUCCAAGUUAUAAUUAAAUUUAUUGCUAGGGUUUCUUUCUCUAUUGGAAGUAUGCUCUUAGUCAUAUUAACGGCUAUGCUGAUAAGCUGGUUGCUUUUGCUUGGUAGGUUGCAUACCUGUGUCCUCUUUUUUGUUCGCUGACGUAAGACUAGGCAAUCUUUAAAACUAAGUCUGUUUAAUCGAUUUAAGUUUCUAUUUUCAACAAAAUAGGUUACACGUUCAGAGGGCUCUUUUUAUCACUUUGCUUGCAGCAUUUAGAAUGGCAUCAGAGUUCUCCAUCGACACACUGUAACCUUGUACUAGGAUUGUUUUUGUCAAGGUAUUCAUUAAUAGCUAAAUGGAUAUUGUUUCAAUUUAAAGCAACCUCAUAUAAAGCUAAUAUGUGUCUUCCA